AUGGCUUCCGAAGUCGCCGCCGUCCAAUCACCUUCGCUUGAAGUUCCCGCCUCAAACAAGGUUGUCACUGUUCGCAUAAUCGACACAGGACACAGGGUAUCUGUACCUGCGGGUUAUUUUAUGGAACCUCAUAUUGACGAUCAUGAAAUCAUGAAAUCUCCUGAGUUUUCAUUUCUGGUUGAGCAUUCGUCGGGCAAAAAGAUUCUCUUCGACUUAGCCACUCGCAAAGAUCCUGAGAACUUUUCCCCUGCUAUCCGUCAAUCAAUAGCCGCAGGCGGUUUAACCUUCGAAGGCGACAAGGAUGUUGUAGACAUCCUCGAGGAGAAAGGCAUAAAGAGGGAAGAGAUUGACGAAGUCAUUUGGAGUCACUGGCACCUUGACCAUGUUGGAGACAUGUCACGCUUCCCAUCCAGCACAAAACUUAUCGUCGGACCGGGAUUCACGAAUGCUUUAGUUCCUGGCUAUCCUACCAACGAGCAUAGCCCAAUAUUGGAAAGUGACUACAAAGACCGGCCUUUGAUCGAACUCGAUUUCAAGGGCAACAAUGCAUUGAAAUUCAAUAAUUUUGAUGCCCUAGAUUGGUUUGGGGAUGGGAGUUUUUACAUUCUGGAUGCUCCAGGGCACACUGUGGGACAUAUCUGCGCACUGGCACGGACUACUCCAGACACUUUCAUCUUCAUGGGUGGCGAUACCUGCCACUAUUGUGGCGAGUUCCGGCCAAGCAAAUACGUUCCUCUCCCUGAGGUAGUCACGCCUUCGCCUUACUCCACGCCGCCAUUCGCCCCAGGAACUGAAUGCCCGGGAGCGCUCAUCUUGAACAUUCAUCCGCAAAAGUCAUCCACAAAACCUUUUUACACUCAGAAGGUACUAGAGGAGGGCCUAAUGCAAGAUUAUCCAAAAGCGGUGGAAUCAGCAGACAAAAUGUCUUCAUUCGACGGAGAUGAACACGUCCUGGUUUUGGUUGCACACGAUGCUUCAGUGCUGGACACAUUCGAGUUUUUCCCCAAUCAUGCUAAUAAUUGGAAAGAGCGUGGGUGGAAAAGUGCUGUUCGCUGGACGUUCCUCCAGGACUUUAAGUUGUGA